CCAAUUCGUCUACUACGCGCUCAUGAAGCGCAUGUCGCAUUACCCGCAGGUGGUCCUCGGCUGGACUGUGUUCUCCGCCCCGCUCCGCUCCGCGCCGACACGUACCCGUACGACAGGCCAACACUCGCGCUGUUCGGCGCGAACGCCCUAUGAGCUAUGACCUACGGCGCAGUCUACGCGCACCAGGACGUGGCGGACGACGCGCAGGCUGGCAUCAAGAGCAUGGCGCUGCGGUUUCGGGACAGCAUGGAGGCGCUGGUCAGCCUACUCUCAGUCGUGCAGGUCGCCUUGCUGGGGCUGUGCGGGAUGUGGGCUUGAUUCGGACUUUUGUAGGUGUGGCGGCUGCGAUGGCCUAUUACGUGUACGAAGUCGAUCUAGGACGCCCCGAUAGCUGCGGUAUGUGGUUUCGCAGGCAGUUUUGGAUGGUGGGCGCAGCGUUUGUGGCCGGAUUUGUUGGGGAGUAGGUACUUUUCACAGAUGGAAUACCUAGGUAGGUAUUUUAGCUCUACUGAAAAGUGAAGUACCUACCCAUGGCGUAAGACGCCGGAAUGAA